GUGAGAGAUUAGGUCUAAGACGCUCCAGACCUCCAACAUUGUCUAAAUCCAUUGUGUCUGAAGUCCCUAAGAAUGGGCACACAGGUGCAAGAAAAGGACUGAAGGGGCACCUGGACUUUCUUUAAUACCUUUUUUGGGGGGGAUCAAGCAGGUGAACUUUGACACUUCGCCAUUAACACAUCCAGGAGAUACUAAUUAAGAUACCACAUUCAUUUUUUUCUGGCUUUUUCUCCCCACAUGUUUUCUUUACUGAACCAUUUGAUCAUUAUUACUUAUUUCCAUUUCCAUUUUCCAUUUUAGUAAUGCAUUUGGAGUACAAAACCAUUUUUCUUCAACAAGAAUCUUCUUACAGCCUCUCCUUUGAGUCAACUCCAUCUUAAAUUGUUAAUUCUUCCUUUUUCUUAUCAAGUUUUCUUUUCAGCAGUACUCUUCUUCACCUUUGACCCAACCCAACUUCCCCAGGUCAACUUGCUCCAGCAAUCUGUUGUGGCACUCUUCUCCUUAAAACGAUAAUCUCAUCUCUACAGCACCGCAUUCCUCAUCCAUUACUCCCUGUGACUCUCUGAGCCAGUGUGGGCUCCAGCCACCACCAUGGUGCUAAUGAAGAUGAAAUUCCCCUUUGAGAAGAGAGUGAAGCUGGCCCAGGGCUUGUGGCUGCUCUCCUGGGUGGCCACUCUGGCUGGAGCGUUCACCUUCACCCUGGGUUGCUUCCUCAAGACAGAGCUCCGUAGGAGGUCAGAGGUAAUGGACAACACAGAGAUUCAUGUGGUGCCCAAUACCAUGAUGCUCGUCAGUCUGGCCUCUCUGGGCAUCAACUACUUUGCUGGCCGCAUCUGCCAGGAUGCCCUGGAUGCUGGCCGCUUCCCCCGCUGGAAGGCCUUCAUGAAGCCCUACUGGGGAGUGUCCCUGUUCUUCACCCUCCUCAUGCUGAUCACCGUGGUCAUGAGUUAUGCCAUGAAGGGCAACCUGGAAUCCUCCCUGAAGAUCGGCCUGAAGAAUGGCAUCCGCUUCUACAAGGACACAGACACCCCUGGCCGCUGCUUUCAAAAACAGACCAUUGAUCGUCUGCAGAUGGAGUUCAAAUGCUGCGGAAACACUGACUACAAGGACUGGUUCGAGGUCCAGUGGAUCAGCAACCGUUACCUGGACUUCAACUCUAAGGAAGUGAAGGACCGCGUAAAGAGCAACGUAGAUGGGCGUUACCUGUUUGACGGAGUCCCUUUCAGCUGCUGCAACCCCAGCUCUCCAAGGCCGUGCAUCCAGGACCACCUCACCAACAACUCGGCUCACUACAACUACGAGCACCAGACCGAGGAGCUCAACAUCUACAUCCGUGGCUGCAGGGAGGCUCUGGUGAACUACUAUAUGGGCCUGAUGAACUCUAUUGGUGCCGGCGUGCUGUCCGUCUUCCUACUUCAGUUGUCUGUGCUCGUUAGUCUCCGGUACCUGCAGACGGCCAUGGAGCUGGUGGCAGGGCAGGAGAAUACUGAAGUUCAGACGGAGGGGUACCUGCUGGAGAAAAGCGUGAAGGAGACCAUCAUGGAGUACGUUAAUCCGGUGCUGGCUUUCCUUCAGCUGAACCAGGUGGGCAGCGAGGACGGCAGCGCUGAAGCUGGGCCGACCCCUGCCAGAUAGUGGAAGUGGAGUCAUCCUAAAGUUUCAGACCUGGCACUUUUAAGGGUGAUGCAUAAUCCAACUACACAUGGAUCGAUUGCUUUUGUAUGUCUUCAACAUCACAAUCCAAUCUACUGCUGAUUUAAUUUGAUGUUUUCUCUUUUAUCCCCAAACUGGAGACAUGACCGUUGUAAUCUAUUUCAGUCACUUCAGGGUGACAAUAUCAGUUUGGGUUUUUGUUACCCAUGGCCUCACUAACAGAUGCUCUCUAAACCCCAUCAUUCUUCCAUUAUUAAUUAAGUUGUUGGAUGUUUAAUCAAUUACAGUACAUGUACUCCCUAAAGGAGAAAUAAAGUUCCCAAUCCACCCUGAAGUCAAAUUUGGUUGUUGGUCAUUAAUGGAUAAUUACAUUUAGACAGAUACAAACUAAUUGUAACUUGGGCAUGUCAUGAAUUAAUGUAAUAUGUUCAAUCUCCACUCCACUGCAGUAUUCGAGUGUUGACCCUGCCUUAGCAUCUCAAAAGUUUCUAUUUGUUUCUUUUUAUGAUGGGUUCUCUUCUGAGCUCAGGGUCCUACAAUGUAAAGUGCCAUUAGCCAGCUCUGCAAAAGUUAUAACGACAAAAAUAAGGCUGUUACCAGAAUAUGGAGUUCACCAAAUCAACUAUUGAUAUUAUUGCAGUUAUGCAUGGCUUUAAACUAGAAUAUCCUGUUGUUUUGGACCAAUUGUGUGCUUCCAAUGAAAUCACUAAGUUCUGCCACACAUAGGUUGGCUGAUCCCGCAAUAACAUGGAUUGUAUUUAUUUUUUAAAACCAUUUAUGGAAGACAAUAUUGUGCAUAAUGGCAGUAAUGCUGAUAUAUGCUCUGUGCAACCCUAUAUUUUAGUGACAAACACAUUUUGACAUUAUACAGUUUGCAGUGCUGGCUAAAGGCAAAUUAUUUUAUGGUAUCCUGAGCUCAGAAGAGACCCGGUUGUAAAACCUCCUCUCUUCUAGGCUCAGGUCUUGAGGAUGGUUGACUAAUAUUUCUCCAAUUACACUAAAACAAUGUUAUAUAAAAAAACAGCAAUGUACAGUUGUAUAAAAGACCAACAGAAAUGUAAAGCUGACUGUAGAAAGAUAAAAUGCUCUGCUAUGUAACCAAAAGCAAAAUGACAGUACUGUACUACAAAACUAUUAUAACAGAGGAAUUAUUAAAGUUUACCUUUUUAAUUGC